AAAGGCCGCGUUACUAUCCGUAUUUUCGCUGCUUGCGUAUCUGCAUGUCAUUUCGUUCAGGUGGACAGAGUAGCGGCAGUUGUUUCCGUCCACUCAGACCUGCAGCGGCGGCAAAGACACGGCAAGCUCUCCAGAUCCCUCACCACCUUCACCUGUUGUUUCUAUUCUUGAGCACGAUCGUCCCCCCACCACACUCAGUUCACUUCGGGCUGGCGGGGAACCGUGACGUUGCAAGCGCUCUCUCACUGCUGCUGCCGCUGUGCUUGUACUCUUGAGAGUGCUGGGCAGUGCCAAUACGAUGCAGCUUGCAUGUGCGAAUGCGCGUUGCAUCACCGGAAAAUGCACUGGAUGGGGGCAGGCCGCCAAGGCGCAAAGAUUGCUCUCAGCGUGUGCUGCGCGAAAUGAUUGGCUGUGGUUCGUCCGUGAGCCGUGGCGGUUUGUGCGCUGGAGCCGG